UCGCGCGAGGUCACCCGAGUGGCGGUCUCUUGCACCAAAAUCACGAUGCACGAGAAUAAAGAAUGCCGAAUAUGUCGACCGCGACAGUUUCGUACAAAAAAAAGCGAGUAGAAUCUGCUGUCCGCCUCAAGAUCUCGAGUCCGAUCGCUCGAUUGAGCCAUAAUUGGCUCGCGACCGUGCCCAGAAACGUGACGAGGGAAUCUUCGAAUUUGAAACAAACGGAGCAACAUGGCUGUUAACGUGUACGCCACAAAUAUGACAUCCGACAAUCUCAGUCGUCACGACAUGCUUGCGUGGGUAAAUGACUGCCUACAGUCCUCGUUCACCAAGAUCGAAGAACUCUGCACUGGAGCUGUCUAUUGUCAAUUUAUGGACAUGCUCUUCCCAAGCAGUGUACCUUUGAAAAGGGUCAAGUUCAAGACUAAUCUGGAACAUGAAUAUAUACAGAAUUUCAAAAUUCUCCAAGGUGGCUUCAAAAAGAUGAACGUGGAUAAGAUUGUGCCAAUUGAUAGGCUGGUGAAAGGCAGGUUCCAAGACAACUUUGAGUUUUUACAAUGGUUCAAGAAAUUCUUUGACGCAAACUACUCGGGAGCAGAGCCGUACGAUGCGCUUGCUAUGCGAGGAGGGGAACCUAUGGGUAGUGGCGGAAAUAAUGCACCUCGUGGUGGUUCUAACAUGAAACGUGCUUCCCCACGUGACACAGUAAAUUCAGCUAAAUCGGCUCCUCGUCCUACUGGUGAGGGACAUCCAUCUACCAUGCGUGCAGAUAGUACAAAUACUUUAGUAAAUAAAGUUCAGCCAUCGUACCGUGCACAAUCUAAAAACACAGUCGGUAACCGUGGAGAUAAUGGAAAAAUUGAAGAGCUCAGUGCACAGUUGGUUGAACUGAAAAUGUCAGUCGAAGGUCUGGAAAAGGAGAGAGAUUUCUAUUUCGGAAAAUUACGUGACAUAGAAGUCAUGUGCCAAGAUUGCGACAAUAGCGGUGAUCCUCCACCUAUUGUACAAAAAAUUUUAGAAGUCCUUUAUGCAACAGAGGAUGGCUUUGCACCACCUGAAGAAUUGGAAGGCGAUGGACUUGCGCCCGACGACGAGGAGGAAUAUUAACCUUUUUUUAUUUACGGAUGUAACUGAAAUGAACAACAGCAAAUUAUCCAAGUGCGUUUCAGUGCGUUUACUAUGCCUGCGAGCCAGUAUCACUAUCCCUUGCAUAAUUAAUUAUAUAAGCUAUUUUACAUGAGCAAAUUCAACAGUUUUUAGCGGAUACGUAUGUUUUGUUAAUAAAGUUCACCAAAUUCAUCAAGAUUCGCACGACAUUAAAAUAGAUUUAAGUUGAGUAGUGCACUUGAAUAACUUGUUCUUUAUUGGCCGUUGACGCGUGCGUGAAAGGAAAGAAAAAAUGAAGGAAAUUGGAGAAAAAAAAUCAACUAGAAUAAUCUAUCACAAAUUAUGACAAUUCCUUAUAUAGCGUUAAAAUGGGAGUAGAAUUCCGAAGAUCAAUGGCUCUCAAAUUGUCUCAAAAAUUUAUGGAUACCGAUACCUAUUGAUGUUAUCCGCAUCCGUACUGUUACGUAGCGACUUACGUUAACUACACACUUUUUUAAUGCGUGAGUGUUCUGUUUGUACAUGUAUUAAGUUUGUAUCAAUAAUGAAUCACGAAGCUCCCAUCAACAAAUUUGUCUUCUGAAAUCAUCUAAAAUAUUAGUCUUAUUGAGGAGUUCGGUUAAAAGCUGCUCAAUUUGUUUCACUCGUUUUCUAUGUGCAAUAUGACCAAUGCACUCAGUGUUUCGUGUGAAGCAAUAGGUUUUCAUCGUCAGCGAGAUAAAUUUCGAUAAUGUUAAUAAUUAAAAUCUCAAUAAUUCCGCUUUAACAUUCUAUCUGCAUCUAUCAUAGAAGCUAUUACAUAUUUGUAGGGAUACGAACACAUGCGUAUAGCUCAGAUAUUUUGAUUUCAGUAAAUUAGGCAGUGUGCGCUUCAUGGAGACAGAUUGUGCGAAACAAAACGCGGUACGCUUAUGCACUCGAUUAUUGAAUUUCAAAGAUGUGAAAGAGUUAGAACUCAUAUUGAAAGAUUCAUCUAUUAAUGUUUAUCCCAUACAAAUUGAUUUUUAAAAAUAAACGAUCAUGUUUGCAUCUCCAUGACAGUCUCUCGGGAUAUAAGAAUGGCCUUAAAACGCGGUGAAUUUGAGAUUCCGAUAAGAUACUCGGAAUCUAGUAAGCGUAAACAAUUUCUUCAUUAUGUCGUAGAAGCACUAUCGAUACUACUGUCUCACUUUCGUAAAAAAAGUUUGUAAAAUCAUACGUAUUGAGAGCAGACGAAUGAGAGGGACAACGACCGAAAGAAUUACGACAUGUAGACGUUUUGUGAACGCUUACGUGUUUUGGCAUGUGUGUGCGUUUCAAUAUUAUUUGUUUCGAUCGUUGAGAUCAACAUUGUAGAUGCGUUAUAAAAUCGUCGAUUAUCAUGAAAUAAUUGUCUAAGAUGUAAUUGCAUUACGUUCUACAUCUUUAUUAGAUUCCAGCAAGAAAAAAGGAUACAGUUUGGCUUGCGUUCUGUUCAUUGCUCUAUAUGCACGCAAAUGUGCUCCAAAAUUAAAAAUUUUAAUGCCGAUAUAAUAAACGUUUAAUAAAAUCGA